UUAUCGGUGUUGAAUCCACAAGUCAACACAUCCCAACGGCUAUAAGCUUCCACUUUCUCACAGACCCGCUGUUCAUUUUUCUAGACUAUCACUAGCAGUUCUCGAAGCCCAAAAGUUACUAAUCACAGCAAAUGAACCUUCACGAGUCUACACUUGUUUUAGUUGAUUCACUUUGGCUUCAGCCUCUGCCUUCCGAUAGUAAGAUCUAAACUUGCAGAUCCAAAUCACUAAAACCCACACUGACACUUCCCUCUCUCUAUCUCUCUCUCUCUCUCUCUCUCUCUCCCUGAAGUAAUGUCAGUUUUAUCUGUUACAUGUUGUGUGUUGCUCUUUCUGAGCUUUGUUGUUGAAGGCUCAGUUCAUGAGUACAGAGGAGAAAGAUUUGUGGCUAAAGGUAAUGCCUUUGUUGUUCAUGGAGGCAGUGAAGGGAUUUACUCUUCUAAACCUGGAAAUUUGAAUGAGAGCAGUGCCACUGCUAAUGGUGACUCUUAUAUACGUUUUGAAAAGAUUGUGUUCCGGAGAACUGAGGAAUUUUCUAACUUUACCUCUGGGUUAGUCCAAGCUAUUGUUUUUGAGGUAGAAGAUAGAGAGGCAAUUGGUGGUUCAGCUUAUGGGGGUCAAAGAGCUAUCUGCUGCACGGCAGAUCUUGCUAAAUUGGGUGCUUGCACGCAAGGAGAAGUCAUUCAUCGCCCAUCAACAAAGGAUCCUAGCUGGCCCCAUGUCUUUGGUGUUUCAUUCAAUGCAUAUGAACUAGUUGCGACAUUGCCUUCAAGAUCAAUACAAGUCACUAAAACUGGGAUGUAUAAUUUGUAUUUCAUGCAUUGUGAUCCCAAUCUUAAAGAUGUAGUAAUAGAGGGCAAAACUAUAUGGAAAAAUCCUACUGGCUAUUUACCUGGUAGAAUGGCUCCACUAAUGAAUUUCUAUGGGUUCAUGUCCUUUGCAUUUGUUAUACUUGGACUGUUUUGGUUCUAUCAGUAUGCAAGGUUUUGGAGAGACGUUUUUCCAUUGUUGAAUUGCAUAACACUGGUGAUAACACUAGGCAUGUUUGAGAUGGCUCUCUGGUAUUUUGAUUAUGCUGAAUUCAAUGAAACUGGAGUUAGGCCAACUGGCAUCACUAUAUGGGCAGUCACUUUUGGUACAGUUAAACGUACAGUUGCACGUCUCAUAAUUCUCAUGGUUUCAAUGGGUUAUGGUGUUGUCAGACCUACCUUAGGUGGCCUUACAUCCAAGGUGAUCAUGCUUGGAGUGACCUUUUUUCUGGCCUCUGACGUGCUUGAAUUAGUAGAGAAUGUAGGUGCUGUCAGUGAUCUUUCUGGGAAGGCAAGACUAUUUUUAGUGCUUCCUGCGGCUCUCUUGGAUGCUUUCUUCAUUAUUUGGAUAUUCAAGUCCCUUUCUGCCACUUUAAACAAGCUUCAGGCUAGGCGGAUAAUGGUCAAGCUGGAUAUAUACCGGAAAUUCACAAAUGCUUUGGCAGUAGCAGUUAUUGUGUCAGUGGGUUGGAUUUGCUAUGAGCUGUAUUUCAAGUCAAAUGAUGUUUACAAUGAGCACUGGGAGAAUGCUUGGGUCAUCCCAGCUUUCUGGCAAGUCCUUUCCUUCUCUCUUCUAUGCAUCAUUUGUGCUCUUUGGGCUCCCUCUCAAAACUCCAUGCGGUAUGCAUAUUCUGAUGAUGUGGGAGAAGAGUUUGACAGAGAUGACAGUUCUUUGACUCUCAUUAAACCAUCUGCAAUGCCUUCGAAGGAUGUUCGAAGUGCACCAGAAGCUAGACUAGUGCAAGCCAACAAGGGCGCAUCUAAUGGUGAUGUUGAAGAAGACAAGACAGCCUAAAGUAUAUCCCCCCAAAAAAUGUAAUUUUGAGUUAGGCUUAAUUAUUUGAUUUGUGGCCUUGUUAUUGUUGUAGCAAUCCUUCUCAUGCUCUCUGAAGACAUUGAGAACAUUUUAGGAGCAAAGUUUCAUGACAAAGAAAAGUUCACUUUGAGAUUGCAACAGGAGAGAGCUGUUCUUUUUUUUUUUUUUUAUUCAUUUAUUUGUGGUGAUGAUCUUUCCAUGUAAUUGUUAGAUAAAUUAUCAUGUAUUGGUCUUAAAUGUUGAUUUGUUCUGCCUUCA